AUGUCUUCUUCUUCAUCUUCAGCAUCCACCCAGCCAAAGAUCAGGGGAGCUUGUGAAAACUGCCAUAGGAGGAAGAUCCGCUGCAUCAUUGCUCCUGGGGAUAGCGCCUGCGUCAAUUGCGUACACAGCGGCUCAGCAUGUCUAUUUGCGCCGAGAAGCAAACCCGGCCGGCCCAGGAGAGUGACGAGCGACAAACCAUCAACCCAAGGACCGGAGCCACAUGACAUCCAAGGAAGCAGUAGUAGCAAUCCUCAGCGCUCAUCACCAGAAUACGACCCACAUGGCAUCGAACACGAUCUCAUGCAAGUGGCAGACCUCGAUGCAUUGGACGUUGAGGCUGCGUGGAACAUAUGUUGGACACCCGACGAAGCCAUAUCACUCCCCGACCCGAACGCAUUUGCAUAUUCAAUGCUCUCGCACUCAUUACCCAAGACCUCGGCAUGGCCCCGUGCCAAUAUGGCUGGCGUGCCCGCAUAUCCACUCUCCCCGCCGGCCUCGCUCGGCCCAUCUCCCUCGAACGAAUCAAUCGAUCUGGACGACCUAGGCUUCGAAUCGGCGCUGCAGGUCUGCAAAAAGCUGGACGAAUACUGCCAAUACAUUGCCCACCCCGUCUUCAUGCCCUCCGUGGAACAUGAAGUGUUCAGCGUGAUGGCGCGGAUAUGCACGGUGGCUGCAAGCAAAGCACCUGCUGCCAGCCAUUGUCCGGCGGCAGCUCUCAUCCUCGCAGCCAUCCUCAAAGUGCUUGAGCUCUGCGGACUGAUUGUGGCUAAGCUGUCUCGGCAACCUCCUGCCUCUCCUCUGGGCGGCGGCAGCAUGGAGAGCAUGUUCCUGCUGAAGAAGAUCGACCUGCUCCUGCUUCAGACCAAGGUGUUCCUCGCGCAGAUCGAGCACCAUGCUGGCGUGCAGAAGGCAGUCGAGCUGCACCGGCAUAUCGAGACGACGGUGCAGACCGAUUAUCCUGCGAUGGCGUGGUAG